AAAAAAAUAAGCAUAGGGAUAUAUAAAACGAGAAAAGAAUCCAGAAGAAAACAAUGCAAAGUGGAAAUUAGCCUUCUUCUAACCACCAGACUGUUUAUUACCCUCCAAAUUUGGUAAUUAGGGUUAGAAAUCAUGGCACCGGCACCCAUUUCCCCGCAAAUCGUGGACGUCGCGGCCCCAACCAAACACGAAAUUGCACUUCCCAAACUCGCGCGUGACCGGCUCGAGAAGGCCGGUAUUGACCUGUCGCAAGGCUAUCCAUACACACCGGCCCGGCCACUCUAUCUCGAUGAUGUAUACAACAUCCGAAACGACGAGCGCGAAUACGUUGACGCGGGGAGUCGCGCGGAUCGCGAGAAAAAGGCCCUUUUUGGCGCUGCUAAAAAAGUCAUUCAUCUGACCAAGCAUAUUGGCACGGAAAUUGUUGGGCUGCAGCUCAAGGACCUGACAAACCAGCAGAGAGAUGAAUUGGCGCUGCUGAUUGCUGAGCGUAGUGUAGUUUUCUUCCGGGACCAGGAUCUCAGUCCGCAGAAGCAAAGGGAAUUGGGCGAUUACUAUGGGGAAGUUGAAAUCCAUCCCCAAGUCAGCCAUGUGCCAGGCGUCCCCGGUAUAACCGUCAUCUGGCCUGCGCUCUCUGCGCUCGAACGACCAGCCAACUUCCGCCAACCCGGAGGCGCAUCACGCUGGCACUCCGAUCUCGUGCAUGAGAGACAACCUGCCGGGAUCACACAUCUCCAUAAUGAUACAGUCCCGAGUGUUGGCGGCGACACGCUGUGGGCAAGCGGGUACGCAGCCUACGAGAAACUAUCCCCCGGAUUCCGCAAGAUCAUCGACGGACGCACAGCCAUCUACCGGUCUGCGCACGGGUACUUGGAUCGCAAGAAGCCCGAAGCAGGACCAAAGUUCGUCGAGCGCGAACACCCGCUGGUCCGCACGCACCCGGCGACGGGCUGGAAGGCGCUGUGGGUGAAUCGGGCUAUGACGGAUCGGAUUGUCGGUCUUGAUCGCGCCGAGAGUGAUGUGAUUUUGGGGUAUUUGUUCGAUGUGUAUGAGAAGAAUCCGGAUAUUCAGGUCCGGUUCAGAUGGACGCCAGGGACUAGCGCGUUGUGGGAUAAUAGGAUCACAAUCCACAAUGCUAGCUGGGACUACGAAGGCACGGAGCCUAGACAUGGAACGCGAGUGACUUCACUGGCAGAGAAGCCGUACUUUGAUCCGACUUCGCCAACGAGACGGGAAGGUUUAGGGAUUUUAGGUCCUGAUGAGAUUAAAGAGUUGGAAGCUCAUGCUGAAGCUUUGCGGUUGUAGAUCUAGGGCUGUAAGAUUAUGAGAAGUCCAUGCUAUCCAAUAAUUUACAAUGGAUCAAAUUCAAUAUAGCCCCAACCCUUUGUAUUCAAAUGUUUCUUUCAAUACUUUAAGAACAACUCUCGAGUAAAUGCUUUAUUUUAAUGAUCUUAUGUGACAAUUAGUAGCUGCAACAUAAUAUGUAACAGCAAUUCAUGGAGAUCAAAUUGAUGUACAUGCC